AUGACAGUAAAGGUAUUUAACCAAUAUUGUUAUACGUAUGCACACUGUGAAUUUGACAUUCGUCAAAUUGUGGUGGAAGCAUACGCGAGGGAUUUAUCUCAUUUUGAAAAUGUUCUAAACUUUGGUAGAAAUUUACCAUAUAUAGAUUACGUUGCAAUAGCUUAUACUCCUCUGUUUAAUGAAAUGAAAAAUCAUAAUCAUUUAAAUAGUUCUGAAACAUCAAUGAUUGUUUACAAGAUUAAUGAUGCUCCGAUAUGGUCAAAUUAUCCACGCUAUGGUACAGAUACUGAAAAUCAAUUUAAAAAACUUAAAAAUGAUUUGCCUGAUGGUGUCUGGAGAAUAUAUUGGUUAAACUCCAUAACAAUUAAAAGCGCCUACUAUAAUGAAUAUUUGUAUGCAGCUGAUUAUGAUCCUUAUGACGAUAAUCGUACACGUGUUCUUACGUAUGGUCUAGGAACUAAAAUUAAUCAGAAGAUUGGAAGUUAG